AUGUCUACUGCCACAGUGGAAGGCACACUACAGACCUCGGAGAUCGUAAAAAUCAUUCAAUCUUCAGCAUCUCCACCAGCCUACAGAAUCGAGACGUUCACACAGAGCGAGCUCCUCAAACAGCCCUUCCUUCCCGAACUCUGGGAUGUCAUCAACGCUAGCUACUACGAUACCGGUGACAGUCCUCUCGAAAAGACGGGACCCCGGAUCAGAAGCGAUACCCAGCUUGCCGACGAACUUCAAGAAACUGGCUUUACAGCAAUUGCUUUCGCUGAAAACGCGAUUAUCGGCACUGCAAGCUUGAAAUUCUGGUCGUCAGAUUCCGAAGGCGCCGUGUGGAAAUCUCCGGGCCAUUUUGAACAGUUCAGUGCAGAUGAGAUCUUCUCCGCGAGCUCCACGGUGCUGGAUAGCCUCCACGAUGACUCUCAUAACAUUCUCUGCGAGGGAGGCUUUGAAAUUGUAGCUGUCGCGAUCACGCCGGAUCCUCAAUAUAGGAGGAAAGGUAUUGCAGAUAGCUUGGUCAAGGCGUGUGAACAGGAAGUGAAAAGGAAAAUAUCUCCUGUGGGUUCUACCGAAUUGGCUCGCUCAUAUAUUACGGUUAAGUCCAUUCGCGAGGUACAAGGUUCUUAUUGGCUGAAAAAGGGGUUCCGCAUCGUGGGGGAACAGUAUUGCCCCCCCCUUUACUUGGGCUUACAACAAAGGUUUUGUUCUUUGGGCCAUGAAGCGAGAGUUGUCGGCUUAACAGUCGAUCCAGGGUCAAAUUGA